AUGAGAAGAGGUGUAGGAAUUCAAGCUAUACAUAAGCAAAAUCAACAGCAGAAACAACUGCAGAAUAUAAGUGAGCAACUGUCUUCGGAUAACUUGAAGAAGAUCAGUGAACAGCUCACAACGUUCAAGACGAAUCUCGAGGAGUUUGCACUCAAGCACAAAAAAGAUAUCAUAAAGAAUCCAGAGUUUAGAAAGUACUUUCAAGAUAUGUGUUCAACUAUUGGUGUUGAUCCUCUUGCUUCUAAUAAAGGAUUUUGGUGUCAGGUAUUGGGUGUUGGUGAUUUCUAUUAUCAAUUGGCUGUACAAAUCAUUGAGAUCUGUUUGAAAUAUAGGUCUACCAAUGGUGGUUUAAUUGAGUUAACCACUCUGACAGAUCAUAUCCGAAAAAUGAGAGGAAAAACUGCAAAUGAAAUUAGCAGUGACGAUGUUGAAGUAUCUAUUUCAAAAAUAAAGGUACUUGGUAAUGGUUAUAAUAUAUUAAAGAUAGAUUCUAAAAAGAUAGUUCAAUCGGUGCCUUGUGAAUUGAACAAAGAUCAUACCGAUGUACUGAUAAAAGCACAAUCGCAAGGUGGAUUCAUAGCGGUAUCACAUCUAAGUAAGAUGGGUUGGGAUCAACAAAGAAUAAAAAGUGUACUAGAUGUAUUAUUAUCAGAGGGUAUGGCAUGGAUUGACGAUCAAUCUGAAUUAAAAGAAACAUUAUAUUGGUUCCCAAGUUUAUGGUCCAAUACAUUCGAAUCUUAA